AUGUUAGCGCUUAUCUUUCCAUUUCUUGUUGUUUCUCCACAAUAUUUUUCUCGAGAAAUUACACUUGGUGAUUUGACAAAAAUAGCAGUAACUUUCGAAAAUGUACAUAAGACACUUUCAUUUAUAUCAAAUUCCUAUGAAACUAUUGUACAAUGGCGAUCAGCUACGAAACGAUUGAUUGAAUUUAAAUAUGUUUUAAAUGCAUUACAUAUAGCUAAACAAAAGUCUGAAAUUCGAUUUAUCUAUUUACCAAACAAACGAUUUAUGCAAAUUCAAGAAUUAAUUGUUCGAUUACCAUUGAAAAUUGAUGAAGAUAAUGGACAGAUUCUCAUCAAUCAUCUCGACUUAGUAUUUCAGUUUCAUCAAACUGUACUCAUCGCAGGCAAGAGUGGAUCUGGGAAAUCGACGUUUCUACGAACUCUUGCUGGAAUAUGGUCACACGGACAUGGGACAAUCUAUUUUCCUAUUGAUGAUACUGUGGCGUUUCUUCCUCAAAAACCAUAUUGUCCGCUAGGUUCACUUCGCACUUGUUUGACUUAUCCAUCCACAUCGUUCUCAUCUGAAGAUGAUAAAAAGAUUAAAUGUCUUUUAAAUCAAUGUCAAAUGAGUUGUUGGUUUAAUCAUCUCGAUGAAAUUCAAGAUUGGUCACGAGUUCUUUCGUUAGGAGAACAACAAAAGAUGGCAUUCAUUCGUAUUCUUUAUCUUAGAUCAAAAUGGUUGUUUUUGGAUGAGACUACAUCAUCUUUGGAUGAACAAGCAGAAACAUAUCUUUAUUCUAUAUUAAUCUGA